AUGAAUGGUGUCACAAGGUUAUGUGGAUGUAAUCUCACUGCUCAGUCUUGUGGGAGUUUAUCAUUAGUUUUACAAUCCUCAAACUCUGUCCUGAGAGAGCUGGACCUGAGUAACAAUGACCUGAAGCAUUCUGGAGUGAAGCUUCUUACUGAUGGACUGAAGAGUCCAAACUGUCAGCUGGAGAUUCUGAGGCUAUGUGGAUGUAAUCUCACUGCUCAGUCCUGUGAAAGUCUGUCUUCAGCUUUACAAUCCUCCAACUCAAACAUCCUGAGAGAGCUGGACCUGAGUAACAAUGACCUGCAGGAUUCUGGGGUGAAGCUUCUCUCUGAUGGACUGAAGAGUCUAAAGUGUCAGCUGGAGAUUCUGAGAUUGUCUGGCUGUAUGGUGACAGAGAAAGGCUGUCGUGAUGUGUCUUCAGUUCUGAGUUUAAACACCUCACACCUGAGAGAGCUGGAUCUGAGCUACAAUCACCCAGGAGAUUCAGGAGUCAAACUACUCACUGAAAAACUGUUGUAUUCAACCUGCUCACUGGACAAACUCAAGUAUGUCUACCAGGAAGAUUUUAGACUUUUCUAUUUCAGCCCCUCAGUGACUAUGUGCUAUAUAUAUAUAUACUUGUCAGUAGAAAAUAACAGCCAGUGCUCCACACAGAGAUCUGAUCCCAUCAUCAUCUGGAAUGACAUGAAGAAACAAAAAACUGAGACAAUUCAGUUGAACUGUGAUAAUGCCUCCAAGGUGCUUCAAGAAACCUCCUGCAAAACUACCGGAAAAGUAUGGAAAAGCAAUCAGGUUUAUGGAGCUAUCAAGCUCCAUCAGACACGAGUCAUUAUAUUUUGA